AGACGGUUGACCCGGGCCCUCCUCCACAGCCCCUUCCUUCCUCGCCCCCUCCCUCUUCCCUGCACCGGGACUCGGGCUCACUAUAAAAGGCGGGAGCACGGGGUACCCCAGCGGAAGGCGUUUCAGCACCAUGGAGAGCUCCCGCCUGCGGCUGCUGCCCCUACUGGGCGCCGCCCUGCUGCUGCUGCUACCUCUGCUGGGCGCCCUUGCCCAGGAGGACGCCGAGCUCCGUCCUCGAGCCCUGGACGUCUACUCGGCGGUGGAGGACGCCUCCCACGAGAAGGAGCUGAUUGAAGCGCUGCAGGAAGUCUUGAAGAAGCUUAAGAGUAAACGUAUUCCGAUCUAUGAGAAGAAGUAUGGCCAGGUGCCCAUGUGCGACGCUGGAGAGCAGUGCGCAGUGCGAAAGGGAGCGAGGAUCGGGAAGCUGUGCGACUGUCCACGCGGAACCUCCUGCAAUUCCUUCCUCUUGAAGUGCUUAUGAAGGGGCGGUCAUUCUCCUCCAUAUUGCCCUUUCCCCUCCAGUCCCCCAGAGGACCACACCUUUAUCCCUGGAGUUUGGCUUUAGCGACAAAUAAAGAUUGCAUUUCCCUCUGAGGGUGAAGAGGCUCUUAUCCUGCUGUCCCCAAAUAAAAGAACACAUUAGAUGUUACUGUGUGAAGGAUACUGCCUUGUAUGGUGUUGGUUGGUAUGUGUGCAAAUAUUCUUUUCUCAUUUUAUUUGUCCCACAAACUCUUCUGUACCUUUGUGUAAAGAAGAGGAACUUUGCUUUGAAAAUCGUAUUUUUGUAUGUGGCAUGGCAGAAUGGAAAUUAGAUCUAGUUAAUCUUGGUAGAUGACAUCACAGCCUGGAAAAUAAAUCACCCUAAGCACCCAGAUUGAAGCAUGUACAAAUUACACAUAAUAAAGUGUUUUUAAUUAUUGC